AUGAUGACAUCGUCGUCACUUAAUGCCGAGACUGUUGCCUCUGAGCAAUUGCUUCCAUUUGAAAAGUCCUCUCACAAUUCUGCAACCAUAGUGAUACCAGCUGAUGAAGAUAGUAUAUACGAUAAAUCGACCUUCAAACAAAAAUUGGAGGAGACGGUUUCGGCGCUGCGCGUAAUGGAAAAGAGAAGUGUUUGGGUGCAUGUUCCAAUGGCCCGUGGGAGUUUGUUGGAAGAUAUGGUUGAUCUGGGAUUCGAAUUUCACAAUGCCCAGGGAAAUACUGCAAAGUUGAAUCUCUGGCUUCCGACCGACAAAGAAUCAAAGGUGCCUGAAUUUGCCACACAUCACGUUGGGGUUGGUGCCGUAGUUGUAAACUCACGGGAUGAAAUUCUUUGCGUACGAGAGCUGAGAAAGAAUUACAUGCCAUGGAAGGUACCAGGUGGCCUAGCAGAUUUGGGGGAAUACAUUCCAGACGCUGCUCAACGAGAGGUCAUGGAGGAAACUGGAAUCCCGACCAAGUUCAGUAGCAUUCUAAGCUUUCGUCACACUCAUGGACUUGCAAACGGACGAUCAGAUAUGUAUUUUGUAUGUCACUUGGACUCGAUAGAGGAUAUUGACGAGGAUGGCAACGUUGUCAUUCCCGAACCACAAGCGCAAGCGUGCGAGAUUCAGGCUGCAAAGUGGGUACCACUGUCAGAAUAUCUCGACAUGGUGAAUGGUGUUACGCAUGAAACGGGUCACCCGAUGAUGAAACAAGUCAUGAAGGUCUUUCAGAAAGGCACACGGAUUCAGCAAAAGGAGGUGACGAGUGUGGUACCUGGACGAAAGCCCAAUCCAAUGUACCUUCCAGCUGACACGUCAAAAGCUGACUAG